UAGAAUUUUAAAGAUGGCUGCGCCCAUCUGAAAAACAUCCCUGCAGUUUGUGAUGUAACAAACAUAAUUAAUUUUCCGACAUAACAAGCCGUUAACAUGGGUAAAAAGAAACAAGCUAAACAAGAGAAAAGUCAGUCUGCAGAUGACCCAGGGAAGAACAAGAAACAAAGAGAAGAAAAAGGGAAGAAGACUUACUCUCUACCUAAAUCUGGAGAUAAAGCUGGUCAGGAUGAGAAAGACAGCAGUGAGAAGAUAAAGGUGCCGCCCCAACUGGAACAGGACAUCAUUCAGCUUAUCAAUGAUGAACAUGCACAAACUACGAGGACUAAAGAACUCAGCAAGCGUAUCACCAAUAAAAAGCUCAUGGAUAUGUACACCAGUCUACAAGGAGCUGGGUUCAGCCACAACCAGAUUGAACAGGCCAUGAACAACACUGUUACCUAUGGGGGUGAUCUUAUAGAUUCUCUGGACUGGCUCUGUCUCAACCUGGCUAAUGACAAGCUUCCAAAAGGAUUUUCUGAAACGUUGGAAAAAGAAGAAAUCAAAACUCGACCAAAUUUUGAAAGGAAGAAAUAUGAAAAUAUCACUACAACACCUCCACCUCCAUCAGCCUCCUCAGUGGUAGAACGGAGUGUGUCUCCAGAAAAUACACAGACAAGGACAAAGGAGGAGCACAUGAAGAGCUGGAUCCUACAGUACACAGAACAGUCAUCUGACGAGGAGGACAACGAAGAGGAUAUAGAAGAUAUACACAACAUAGAUCCGAAUGAGCGGUAUUUGGAGCUGACUGCAAAGUUGUUGGAUGCUAAAGAAGAGGCUGCCCAGGUGAAAAAGGAAGGGGACAAAGUCAGACAGAAGGAGCUCGGACAGAAAAUCAGGAAAUUGAUCACAGACAUAAAUGUUUUGGAAAGUGACCCAAGGUUUGACCCGGCUGUGAAAAUCAAAGGUCUGGACCAGGAAAAAUCUGGUGUUGGCACAUCUACUGCUGGUGUAGGGGAAGCAAGGACACCAGACAAGUCAGCCGGUGGGGGUCAAGGUCAGAGUGGUCAACAGCAAGAGGCUAGUGGUGGUCACAGUAAAGGUCAAAGGGAGGUCAAGGCAGCUGCUGAGGUUGAGGAUGAAUGUACAGGAUUUGCCUUAUUUGAAGAAAUGGCUGCCAAAGAAGAACCAAAGAAAAUUCCCUCAGCAAAAGUGCCACAGGAUGUUCGUCAGUUUGAGUACACUCGUCAACAGUGGACAGGAAAGUCUCCAAAACAAUUUCUGAUUGACUGGUGUCGCAAACACAAGUGUGAGGCACCCAGGUACUACAAGGUCCAGCACCGCGGCAGCAAGUGGGCAAGCAGGUGUAUGGUUGAUCGAAAGAAGGACGGUAAGCUGGAAGUAGUUCCUGAAAUUCUUUGCGAAAAUAUCAAGGAAGCUGAGCACCUGGCAUCAACACUUGCUUUGUAUGAGUUGUGUAAGGGUCAGUCUGUCCACCAGUUACUGCCCCCUUCAUACAGGGCUGUGUGGCUGGAAUGGUUAGACAAGGAGAAGGCAGAAGAAGACAAAGUCAAACAGACUGAGAACAAGCCCCGAGAUCAGUUCAUUAGCAAAUUAAUGAAAAAGCUGAAAAUAUCUGUGAACAUUAUGGAGGCAGACCCUGAAGAAGACAGCGAUAACGUUGUGGAAUCGUGGGAAGAACUCGACGACAUGGAAGAUCUGGAUGAGUUUCAAGACUCUGGUGAUGAAAAUGAAGAAGAUGGAGAAUCUAAAAUUGUAUCCGAACCUUCUGUGGUUAAUGUUAAGUCUAAUAUUCAGAAAACAAAAGUGCAACGAAGGGGUGGAACAAUGACAGGCAGGGAAAUGAAAUGUUUGUAUGAACGUCGAUGUAAGUCGGACAGAUUCUGUGACCUGCUACAGACUAGACAAGAGUUACCUGUAUAUAAACACCGUGGCGCUAUACUGAACAGGAUAGACGGGCAAAGUGUGGUGGUGAUCGCUGGGGAAACUGGAAGUGGCAAGAGUACACAGAUACCUCAGUUUAUAUUGGAGCAAUACGUGAGCAGUGGAGAAGGACACAGAUGUAACAUUGUGUGUACCGAACCUCGGAGAAUUUCAGCCACAAGUCUCAGUCAGCGCGUCUCCCAGGAGAUGGGUGAGGGUGCACUCGGUCAUCGUGACUCGCUGGUUGGGUAUCAAAUUCGUUUCGAGUCCAAGUGUGGCCCAAAUACACACCUGGUGUAUUGUACCACGGGGGUGCUGCUACGGAAGCUGCAGUCUGAUCCAGUGCUGCAAGAUGUGACUCAUAUUGUGGUUGACGAGGUCCAUGAGCGAAGUGUCCAGUCAGACUUUCUCCUCAUCAUUCUGCGCCGUCUUCUGUCCAUCAGGAACGAUUUGAAGAUUAUCCUGAUGAGUGCUACCUUGGACAGUGAUAAAUUUUCCGCAUACUUCCAUCACUGUAGUGUCAUCCAAAUACCGGGGCGAACUUUUCCAGUGGAGGUAUACCAUGUUGAGGAUGUGAUAGAGAGAACGUUGUAUGUACUGGAUGACGAUUCACCUUACGCUCUGAGGCCGGAACAGCUAGUCAAGGAAGAACAAGCCAAUCUAGCAGUUACUGGUAAAGGAGGGGAACAGACUCGGGUGGACGUCUACUGGACUAAGGAGAACGUGUCCAAAAUUGACCGGACUAACCUGUGUCCUGACACCUAUAGUUUACGCACAAGAAACACAGUGACGAGAAGCAACACAGACCGUAUCAACAUGGACCUUAUUGUGGAAUUGCUGUGUUACUUGGAGAAGAGUCCGGAGUUUUCCCAGAUGGAAGGGGCGGUGCUCAUAUUCAUGCCUGGCUUGGCCGACAUCCAGGAACUGUAUGAAUUGUUAAUGGCUGACCGAAACUUUACAAAAUCUCAAAGGUACAAAGUGAUCGCCCUACAUUCUAUUCUGUCAUCGUCUGAUCAGAACGAGGCUUUCAGAGUUCCACCCCCAGGGAUCAGGAAAGUUGUCAUAGCAACCAACAUAGCAGAAACUGGUAUCACUAUACCGGACGUGGUCUUUGUUAUUGAUACAGGCAAAGUGAAGGAAACAAGGUACAUGGAGUCGAGCCAGAUGAGUGCCCUUAGAGAGGUGUACAUCAGUAAAGCUAAUGCCAAACAGAGACAAGGACGUGCUGGCCGCGUCAGAGAAGGCUACUGCUUCCGGAUGUACACCAAUGAAAGGUACCAGGACAUGGCCCCUUAUACUGUACCAGAGAUACAAAGAGUGCCCCUGGAGGAGCUUUGUCUACAUAUCAUGAAAUGUGACCUGGGUGAGCCAGAACACUUUCUGUCGGAGUCCCUGGAUCCUCCCAGACCCAAUGUGAUUGUUAGGGCGAUGAGGAUGCUGCACGAGGUAGGGGCGUGUCGAGAGGGGUCCCAGCUGACCCCGUUGGGUCACCACUUGGCGACACUCCCUGUCCAUGUGCGCAUUGGCAAGGUCCUUCUGAUCGGUGCAAUAUUUGGGUACCUGGAACCUGUGGCUGUGGUUGCGGCUGCCAUGACGACCAAGUCUCCAUUUGUAGCUCCUAUACAGAAACUUGACCUCGCCCAGGCAGCCAAAGUGUCGAUGGCUACCGCAGCAUCUGAUCAUCUGACAGUCUACAAGGCGUAUCUCGGGUGGCAGCAAGCUAAGAAGGAAGGCGGCCAUGUUGAACAGCAGUACUGUCAGAAGUACUUCCUUAGGAGGAAUACACUACUGGAGAUAGAGAAUUUAUCAAACGACUUAAUGCGACUUGUAAAAUCUAUAGGAUUUGGAGAUACUAGACUUUCACAAAAACAGAAAACAAAAAUUGAACCUGGAUCUGUUCUUCAAAUAAGUAAAUCAACAGUUGGAACAAGUACCGACAUUGACUCAAAAACAGUCGCCAUGGUGAAAGCAGCCAUUGCUGCUGGCCUGUAUCCAAACGUUGCCAAGGUAACAUACAAUGCCCCUGUUGAUGCCGCUGUCCAUCCCCGCAAGAACCACGUGUGUAUCGGUGAGACCAGCCAGGGCCCGGCCGGAGUACAUCCCUCGUCUGUCAAUCGGACACUGGCAGCCAAUGGGUGGAUAGCCUUUCAGGAGAAGAUGACGACAUCCAAGGUGUACCUAAGGGAGGUGACUCUAAUCUCUCCGUUCUCUUUGUUACUGUUUGGUGGUGAUAUACAUGUUCAGCAUACAGAACAACUAGUCACUGUGGAUGACAGAAUUACUUUCACGACAUUUGCUAAGACUGGGGUUAUGUUCCGAGAAUUGAGGAACUUGUUGGAUAAACUUCUGGAAAGGAAAUUAGCAGAGCCUUCAUUAGACCUGCUAGGUGACAAGGUUAUUGUGCUGAUAUGCGAGCUGCUGUGGUCGGAGAGGUCAGGAAGAUAAUUGACAAGUGAUACAUAAUUAAUAAAAAGAAAAUACUAGGACAUAUAUUGCUUAUGUUGUUA